UUUUUUAUAAAUCUUAUGUUGAGCAGUGAAUCGUCCUUGGAAUGUUCAGAUAAACAAUUGGAGGAAAAUUCUGAAUUAAAAUCAGAAGAUUUUUGCGAAAAUCAAAAGAAAAAACAGAUUGACAGAAUCCCAAAAGAAGCAAUUGUUACUCGCUAUCAAAAACAAGAUAUUUCUACUUUAAUACAUUUUGGGCAUUUUUAUAUUAAAUCUUCACCUAGAAUGAAGGCGGCAAAACAAUUAAAAAUUGAAGCACCAAAGUCAGAAAAUGUUGAUUAUUGCUUUAAAAGUCAAACAAAAUCAAAGAGACAGCAAAAAAUGGCAUCAAGUUCUUCAAUUAUUUUUGAUCAAAAAAAUAAUCGUAUUCAAAUAACUCAUCAAAAUGUUAUGUCUAUUGUAGAUUAUUCUCCUGGUAAUUCCCCAACUUAUUUUACAACAAAAUUCCCAGAUACAAUUUCACCAGAAGAAGAUAAAUUUAGUUAUUCUCAAAAAACCGCCAAAACAUUAAAUGAUAUUUCUUCAAUUCCAAACAAAAAAAGACAAAAUUCAAAAAGGAAAUUUAAAAAUUUUAAUGAAAAAAUAAUUGAUAAUAAAGAAUUAAAUUUAAAAAAUAAAAAAUUGCAAAAACAAAAUAAAUUUGUGAAAAGUUUUGUUGAUUUAAAAAAUGAAGGGGAAGAUAAUGAUGAAGAAGAUAAUGAUGAUGAUAAUUGUAUAAUAAAUCAUACAGGAGAGCGUGAAACAUGGGAAAGAAAAAUUGAUUUCCUCCUUUCUGUUGUUGGCUUUGCUGUUGAUUUAGCUAAUGUUUGGCGAUUUCCAUAUUUAUGUUUUAAAAAUGGGGGAGGCGCUUUUUUGAUUCCAUAUACAAUGAUGGUUUUAUUAGCCGGUAUUCCACUCUUUUAUAUGGAAUUAGCACUUGGACAAUAUCACAGAAAAGGAGCAAUUACUACUUGGGGCAGAAUAUGCCCUUUAUUUAAAGGAAUAGGUUAUUGUGUAAUAAUGACAGCAUUUUACACAGAUUUUUUCUAUAAUGUAAUUAUUGCUUUUGCUUUACAUUAUUUUUUUUCUUCAUUUACAACAGAACAUUUACCUUGGACUAAAUGUUCUAAUGAUUAUAAUUCUCCCGAUUGCUACGAACCAAAUAGUUGGAGUGAUCCUUCUUCUAAUAAAUGUGUUCCACAAAAAGAAAUUAAUGGAAAUAAUCAAACAAAACCAAUAUCUGCUGCCGAAGAAUAUUUUUAUAAAUAUUUUCUUGGAUUGCAUCAAAUAAAAGAAUCAACUCCACAUAUUUCUCAAAAUAUUGAUAAAUUUAAUUCUAUUAAUUGGGGAAUUGUUUUUUGUUUAUUAAUAGUUUAUUUAAUUUGUUAUUUUUCUCUUUGGAAAGGAAUUAAAAUGUCUGGAAAAGUUGUUUGGUUUACAGCAAUAUUCCCCUAUGUUGUUUUAUUUUGUUUGUUAAUUCGUGGAAUUACUUUACCUGGGGCUUCUAAAGGUAUUGAAUAUUAUUUGAGACCAAAUUUGGAAAUGUUAUGGAAUCCUUCUGUUUGGCAAGAUGCUGCCACACAAGUGUAUUUUUCUCUCUCGGUCCUGGCUUUGGUGUACUUAUGCCUUGUAUUUGUUGUAUAUCCAGAGGCAUUAGCUACAAUGCCUGGGGCAACUAUAUGGUCUUUAAUAUUUUUUCUAAUGUUACUUACAUUGGGAUUAGAUAGUUCGUUUGGAGGUUCAGAAGCAAUAAUUACUGGUUUAAGUGAUGAAUUCCCAAUAAUUAAACGAAAUAGAGAAAUUUUUGUUGCAAUUCUUUUCUCUUUUUAUAUGUUAAUUGGAAUAACAAUGUGCACAAAAGGGGGAAUGUUAGUAAUGGAAUGGCUUAUUGUUUACAGCACAACAUGGGGGCUUUUAAUAGCUGUUUUUUGUGAGACUGCUGUUAUUUCCUUUAUUUAUGGUAUUAAACGGUUCUGUUCCGACAUUCAAAAAAUGCUUGGAUUUAAGCCUGGUUAUUAUUGGAGUUUUAUUAAUUUACAACCUUUACAAUAUCAAGAUUAUAUUUACCCCCCAAUAGCUAAUUUAAUCGGAAUUAUUUUUGCACUUUCCUCUGUUUCAGCAAUUCCAUUAGUUGGAAUUUAUAUGUUAAUUAAAGCAAGAGGACAAACAAUUAAUGAAAAAUUUUGUCAAGUAAUUAAGCCUUUAUUUGAAGAAGAAAAUAAUGAAAAUAAUUUAAUUUAUCGACCAGAAUUAAUUCGUGCUAGUCGACUUACUUAUGCUAGAGUAAAUAUGUUGGCAAUGAAUGAAAGUUUGGAUUUUAAUGAAAUUGAAAGAGGAAAGUUUAAUAAAUCAGAAGUUAAUACUUUAAAUAAUUUUGUUGAUUAUAAUGAUAUUUUACUUUAA